AUUGUACGUGCGUCGCUAUUUGCGAUCAGGCAGAGAGGGGGUUUCGGUACACUCUGCGCAUGUGCUUGUCUUCUGAGCUUUUCCCAGCUCCCAAGUCUUUGCAAUUUGCUUUCCCCGCAUUCCAUACCGUUUACUUUGACGAGUGGAUCGGUCCCUUUGCCGUACCCUUGUUCUAUUUAACAUACACUGGUUUCCUCGCUCCGCGGCCCACCCAAAGAGUUUGUGUCUUUUACGUGUCUUGGUAGACGCGAAAUCCCGCGACGAUCGCGUCUCUACUGGGAGCAAAUUUGCACGCAAAAGGGCCUUCGACAUGGACGACAAAGAAUCGACAACACGUGAAAACGAUGUCCGCACCACGCCCCAGGGGAGAGGUGGUAUCAUGAACAAGCUGUAUCCUCCAGGAGAGAAGCCAGGCGCGAAGGGUCGCAUGAAGAACCACUGCAGGAAGUUUUGGUGGUGUGACUUUUUGGUAUUUGCAAUCAUUGUGCUGAUCAUUGUGCUGCCAAUCAUCUACGUUGCCAUACCCAAGAGAGCCCAGCGCGAGAUCAACCGUUCCACAAUAGAGGUGACUUCUCAGGACGUAACCGACCCUCACUCAGACAGCAUCCGCUUGAAACUCAACACGCUCAUCAAGAGCAACAGCAGCUACCACCCCAGGAUCGACGGCUUCCGCGCUGGCCUCUCACUCAAAGGACAGAAGCCCUUCUUGUUCGUCGACAUUCCCGGAGUCAAAUCUGAGAAGGAGGUGCCAGUCACGGUUGACCAGAAUGUGCAAUUGCCCAAUGUGACUGCUUUUACGCAGUACACCAAGACGGUCCUGGCCAGCGAAGAGUUUGACGUCUAUAUGAAUGGCAAGACUAAUAUCCACCUUUCCGGCCUCCCGACCAUGGACGUCAAUUACAACAAAGUUGUCAGGAUGAAGGGACUAAACAAGCUCAGCGGCCUUAACAUCAGCGACGUCCGCAUUCUUUCCGGCGACACGCUCCUGCAGGACGGCUCCAACCUCGUCGCCAACGUCAGCAUCCCCAACCCCUCUGUCAUGACGCUCGAUCUCGGCAACGUCACCCUCAACCUCUUUGUCGACGGCAAGGAAAUCGGCUAUGUGCUCGUCCCAGACCUCUACCUUAAGCCCGGCAACAACACGUUCCCCCUGCAGAGCCACGUCAACCAGCUCACCAUCCUCAGCCUCAUCACGUCCCAGUACAAGAACGCCGUCCUGCCCCUCCAGAUCAUCGGCAACUCCAGCAUCAGGAACGGAGAGCACCUCACGUACUAUGAAGACGCUAUCAAGAGUAACACAAUCAAUCUCGAUUUGAAUGUUGGGCCCGCGCUCGCGGCAAUUGGAAUCAACACUACGAGCUUUGGUUCGUCGUAAACGGGGCUGGGAAAGCGUCUGUUUUGGUUGUGCUAUGCAUGUGGUGAUGCGGUAAUGUGGUAAUGUCCAGGGGGAACCCCGGUGGUUCAAACAGUCGUUUUUACGCAGUGCAUGUAUGAUAUCCCGUCGUUU